UCCUCGGGUGCGCUCUGUCCUCGGCGGUUGCCGGUUUUAGUUGAGUGACGUCACGCCGGUGUACAGGUCACCGCCUGGAGGGGACGCUGUGAUGGCGCUGUGUGUGAGGAGACUCCGCGGGGCUCAUGGGCUCGGCAGCCGCUGGAAGAGCGGGAUCCGCGGUGCUGGAGGAGCGGCGGGGAAACUCCAGGAGAGCAUGCGGGCUCGAGACGCCAUCUUGUACCGAGAGCUACGGCCCUGCCCCCGCCUCCCUGCUCCUCUUAGACGACCUUUGCCCCCGCCAGCUCCCUCCCUGUCCGCACUCCUCCGGCCCGUAGGCCCCAAGAAGCGCCCACCAGCACCUGAGCAGGACAAAGCCCAAGAGCCACCGCAGGACUUUUUGAUGCAGACGUUGCCUCCACAUCCACUACCAGGAUACCUACCCCGCGCCCAGCCCAGCCACGUGUGCCCUACUGACCCAGAGUGCUGGCACCUCAGCAGUUCGCAGCUGGACUGUUUCAGAAGCUUGUUUGAACCUGGAGUCUGUAGGACCCCGUACCAGGCCAUGGUGUUACCCCUGCCACCAGCACACGAAGGGUUAUUAGCGUUUACACUCAGCAGGAGGGAUGGGACCGGCCAAGUCCCGGGGAGCGACAAGUCGGACAUGGAGCAGCACUUGGCAGUGAUGCACGAGAAGCUACGGCACGAGUUGCCAAAUUUCCUAUGGAAGCCAGCAAAUUACUCAUUAUACAGAAAGGACGUGGAGUUUGUCAGUAAUAUGCUGCACGUGCACUUUCGCGGCCUCGUAAAGUACCAGCUCUUCCUGACGCUCACCCGGCUGCUGCUCCUGUGUUAUUUCACCGGCGCCCGGAUCUCCGUGCUGAAGCUGACGUCCCAUCCGGAGAACAAUACCAUCCAGGCCCGCUGGUCAUUCACCGGCCUCCCUCUGCACGGCCUCUUCAUGUACUUCUUCCGCACCGAAAAGAGUGAAUUGUACAGGACAUAUGAUGCCUUCUCCACCUUCCAGCUCGCUCCUGAUGGGUUGAUAUGUCUACACAAGAUAGAACGGGUAAUGCCAUCGUCCCCCAUCACUGUAACCAAGAAGACCAUUUUGGCUGCCGCUUUGCUCGCUCUGGGGCUGGGAGAAGAUCGACCUGCUCUAAAUCUUCUCUCUGGCCCUAAACUGCCCCAUGAAGUGUGAUUCCCAUUCCCCCCCCUCACUGCAGCUGCCCCUUAGCAAGUCCUACAAGAGACAGCGGCGUCACAGGAGCAUCUCUCCAGGGGUAGAAUAAGCCUGUCCCCAUAGUCUGUUCUGCCAUCCUCCAGCUGUAGAGUCUUAUCUGUAUCAGAGCUCAAGAGGAGGUAGCCUCCCCCCCCUCCCUGAAAUACUCUGCACUGCUGUGUCUGCAUGCGCAACCUUAAACUUGCCUGUGGAUGUGUAACAUAUACUGUACAUAAUUAAAUUAUAACAAAGUUUGUGUCUGUCCAGU